ACAGGUGUAAUUCCCAGUAUGUCCACAAGAUGUCACCAGGGACUGAGUGUUGGUGUCCUGUUGAAUUGUUAUAGAGUGCAAAUCAGCAUUGCUAACAGCAAUGCUGGCUAAACCGGAUUUUUAUUUUUUUUGAAUAUAAAAUCAAUAACCUCAACGAUGCACUGCUCUUGGAAUAUGGAGUACGGGAUUACCAUCCUGUAACCAGAGCAUGAACAUUACUCCUAUAUGAUCUUUACUAUACCCCACCUCCACUGUAGAUACCCCAGGUGGCAGGUAGCCUAGUGGUUAGAGCGUUGGGCCAGUAACCAAAAGGUUGCUGGAUUGAAUCCCCGAGCUGACAAGGGAAAAAUCUGUCGUUCUCCCCCUGAACAAGGCAGUCAACCCACUGUUCCCCAGUAGGCAGUCAUUGUAAAUAAGAAUUUGUUCAUAACUUGCCUAGUUAAAUAAAGGUUAAAAAAAAUAGUCUGCAGCCUUCAGUUCACUAUAAUCCAAAGAAGUCUUUCUGACCAACUAACUGUUUAUUAAUGUGUAACGUUUUGGUAGCAGUAGUCUGUAUGAGGUAUGUCGGAACCAACUGAGACGGUGUCGGAACCAACCGCAGGUAGUUUUUACUCCGUUAUUGUCUGCCUAGUUUGAGUUUCCUUAAUCUUAUGUUAUACAAUCUUCUACCUUGGCUGAUGUCAGAAUGCUAGUGAAUGUUUUAUAUUUCCAGGAUUAGAGUGAUGUUUUCCCUUUCAUCUGUGGUGUGAGUGUCCUUCAGUACAAACCGUUCCUCAACGUAGCAAACAUUCAAACGAACUGAAAGCACCCCUGGUUUGUUAGGUGUGUGUGGAUGCAUGGGUGUCUCUGGGUUUGUUCUCACUCUCUGAUCAGCUCUCAUCUGCAGUGGAUAAAACACACUGCCUUAGGAAUGCCCAGUGCCCAUUUCACCCUGAAUGACCCUGCAACUGCAUAGUUGUGUGGAUAAUAAUUUGAAUAACUGUGUUUUCCUGUAUUUGUCCAUGUCUGUGUGUGUGCUUCUUCUACUGACUCUGUCUGCUUUAUAUUGCAGGGAACUGUGUAUGUUAUUAGCCCUGAGACUGAUUAGUCAGGCUGCAGGUAGGUAACCUGAUCUGUUCUUCAGAUGAGCAGAUUACAGCAUAGAUACAAUACUGGACAGCACAGUAGCUAUAAAACUGUCAUCAGACCAUACCUAGCCCUAUACCCCAGCCCACAUGAUCCUAAACUCAUUAUACCCCAGCCCACAUGAUCCUAAACCCAUUAUACCCCAGCCCACAUGAUCCUAAACCCAUUAUACCCCAGCCCACAUGAUCCUAAACCCAUUAUACCCCAGCCCACAUGAUCCUUAACCCAUUAUACCCCAGCCCAGAUAAUCCUAAACCCAUUAUACCCCAGCCCAGAUAAUCCUAAACCCAUUAUACCCCAGCCCACAUGAUCCUUAACCCAUUGUACCCCAGCCCACAUGAUCCUAAACCCAUUGUACCCCAGCCCACAUGAUCCUAAACCCAUUAUACCCCAGCCCACAUGAUCCUAAACCCAUUAUACCCCAGCCCACAUGAUCCUAAACCCAUUGUACCCCAGCCCACAUAAUCCUAAACCCAUUAUACCCCAGCCCACAUGAUCCUAAACCCAUUGUACCCCAGCCCACAUGAUCCUAAACCCAUUAUACCCCAGCCCACAUGAUCCUAAACCCAUUGUACCCCAGCCCACAUAAUCCUAAACCCAUUAUACCCCAGCCCACAUGAUCCUAAACCCAUUGUACCCCAGCCCACAUGAUCCUAAACCCAUUAUCCCCCAGCCCACAUGAUCCUAAACCCAUUGUACCCCAGCCCACAUGAUCCUAAACCCAUUAUACCCCAGCCCACAUGAUCCUAAACCCAUUAUACCCAAGCCCACAUGAUCCUAAACCCAUUGUACCCCAGUCCACAUGAUCCUAAACCCAUUAUACCCCAGCCCACAUGAUCCUAAACCCAUUAGACCCCAGCCCUCAUGAUCCUAAACCCAUUAUACCCCAGCCCACAUGAUCCUAAACCCAUUGUACCCCAGCCCUCAACGGCCAACACCACAAAAAUAACCUGGAGAAGAGAGAGAAGGAGGAUGAUUAAGUAUUAGCCCAUCUCCAGCUUAAACUCCUCUCCUCCAUCAUCUCUGUCCUUAGAUCUCUCAUCUCUGCUAACACUACAUCCACUGCUCUCAGGGGUCUUAGAUCUCUCAUCUCUGCUAACACUACGUCCACUGCUCUCAGGGGUCUUAGAUCUCUCAUCUCUGCUAACACUACGUCCACUGCUCUCAGGGGUCUUAGAUCUCUCAUCUCUGCUAACACUACGUCCACUGCUCUCAGGGGUCUUAGAUCUCUCAUCUCUGCUAACACUACGUCCACUGCUCUCAGGGGUCUUAGAUCUCUCAUAUCUGCUAACACUAUAUCCACUGCUCUCAGGGGUCUUAGAUCUCUCAUCUCUGCUAACACUACGUCCACUGCUCUCAGGGGUCUUAGAUCUCUCAUCUCUGCUAACACUACGUCCACUGCUCUCAGGGGUCUUAGAUCUCUCAUCUCUGCUAACACUACGUCCACUGCUCUCAGGGGUCUUAGAUCUAUUGUCUCUGCUAACACUAUAUCCACUGCUCUCAGGGGUCUUAGAUCUCUUGUCUCUGCUAACACUAUAUCCACUGCUCUCAGGGGUCUUAGAUCUCUUGUCUCUGCUAACACUAUAUCCACUGCUCUCAGGGGUCUUAGAUCUCUCAUCUCUGCUAACACUAUAUCCACUGCUCUCAGGGGUCUUAGAUCUCUCAUCUCUGCUAACACUACAUCCACUGCUCUCAGGGGUCUUAGAUCUCUUGUCUCUGCUAACACUAUAUCCACUGCUCUCAGGGGUCUUAGAUCUCUUGUCUCUGCUAACACUACAUCCACUGCUGGGAUCCCCUGGAUCCAGGCCUGUGGGUUCUAAUAUGAGAGGGCUGUUGAUUAAAUGAGGCCAGUAGAAAACACAUUUCUCGGCGUAUAGUGGUGUAGUUAACCAUUGACUGACUGAGUCUCUCCUCCCUAUAGAUAACACACACCUGGCUCAUUCCCAGGUUUCAUACGGUACAGCUGGACACACCACCCAGGCUGGCUCCUUGGUGAUGAAUAAUAGACUUGACUCAGAUCACAUGGACUGGCUACUGAAUAAUUUACCCCCUUCUCUCCCUUCGACCUCCUCUUUCACCUCCUCCCAGUCCGGCCUUGGCUGCUCUCUCUUUCUCUGCGGUAGACAUGGAACCGAGGUAAAGCUUCUGUAUCUGCCCAUUCUCCUGGGGAAAGCACCAAACGGAGACCUCAGAGCAAACUCCAACUCCAGAACAGUGUGGACUGAAGCUGGCAUGGAUACUCUCUGACACAGAGACAGACCGAGACAGAGAGACCGAGACAGAGAGAGAGACAAAUGAGAGGGAAAUAAUGAUAAAGGAAUAGAUUGGAGGAAACACACACACACACACCCAUCCCCUGUUCCCACCGCUAUGGCAGAAUGGCUGAGGCGUGUGUCCUGGGGAGAUGCAUGGUACAGCCUGUACUCCCGCCUGCUCAGGACCAAACCUGUGGGUAGGAUGGGUCAGGGGUCAGAGGUCAGCGACGAUAUCACAGAGGUAGGGGGGCUGGCUAGGGUCCUGACGACAGCUGACCUGGUGUCGCUAGGGGUGGGGAGCUGCGUUGGCACAGGGAUGUACGUGGUUGCCGGGCUGGUUGCUAAGGAGAUGGCGGGGCCGGGAGUGAUCCUGUCCUUCAUCAUCGCUGCUGUGGCUUCUAUACUGUCAGGUGUAUGUUAUGCAGAGUUUGGCGUGCGUGUCCCUAAGACAACUGGGUCAGCCUACACCUACAGCUAUGUCACAGUGGGGGAGUGUACGGCCUUUUUCAUUGGCUGGAAUCUGAUCCUGGAGUACCUGAUUGGUACUGCAGCCGGGGCGUCGGCUCUCAGCAGCAUGUUUGACUCGCUGGCCAAUCACAGCAUCUCAAGCUACAUGAUAACACACCUGGGGACACUCAGAGGCCUGGGUAAAGGGGAGGAGUCGUACCCUGACGUCCUGGCCAUGGCCAUAUCGCUGGUUGUCACGGUAAUUGUGUCAUUAGGGGUUCGUAACUCGGUAGGGUUGAAUAACGUUCUGAACAUGGUCAACCUGGUGGUGUGGUGCUUCCUGAUCAUCUCUGGACUCUUCUUUCUCUCCGCUGACAACUGGGAGGCGGGAAACUUCCUGCCCUACGGAUGGUCCGGGGUGAUGAAGGGAGCGGCCACUUGUUUCUAUGCCUUCAUAGGGUUUGACAUCAUCGCUACAACAGGAGAAGAAGCCAAGAGUCCCAACACCUCUAUACCCUAUGCUAUUACUGCUAGUCUGAUAACCUGCCUGACUGCAUACGUCUCUGUGUCUGUGGUCCUGACUCUGAUGGUUCCUUAUGACCUGAUCGAUGGUUCAGCUCCACUGAUGGAGAUGUUUGCAGUGCAUGGGUUCCUGCCGGGGAAAUACAUAGUGGCUGUAGGGUCUAUAGCUGGCCUCACUGUCAGUCUAAUGGGCUCCCUGUUCCCCAUGCCCAGGGUCAUAUACGCUAUGGCUAGAGACGGACUGCUCUUCAGGUUCCUGGCCAACGUCUCUCCAUACACUCACACUCCAGCAGUAGCGUGUCUGGUGUCUGGCUGUCUGGCUGCUCUCAUGUCUCUCCUCGUCUCCCUGCAAGAUCUCAUAGAGAUGAUGUCUAUAGGAACGCUACUGGCUUACACCCUGGUCAGUGUGUGUGUCCUGCUGCUGCGCUAUCAGCCCGACACAGACACACACAACUUCCUGCCUGGGGAGGAAGAGGAGGGGCCUAGGCAAAAAGAGGGCGUGAUGGCGGAAUGCGAUGACGGAACUCUGCCCACCAACGACGACCAGAUGUUGAUUGGAGGAGCAGACUCAUCGACCUUUGACCCUGACAGCUCCGGCUACCAAUCGAGCGGUGUUGCAGGUGAACCUGGUGACUCUGGCAGCUUCCACACCGGCCCCUCCUCGCUGUUGAAGAGGGUUCUAGGUAGUCGUUACUCCACCCUGCGUGUCCGCCUGGGGAUCCCUGACGCCUCGGCCCGUCCCACCCCGUCCUCCGGUCGCAUGGUGACACGCUGCACCCUCCUCCUCUUCUUCCUCUCCUUUCUCCUCUGGGCCACUGUCAUCUUCGGCGUGGAGCGAGGGACCGGAGCGGGCUCGGCCGUUUCAGGUAUCGUAGCGACACUAUUGGCAGGCAAAAUAGCAACCAUACUGGUGGUGAUCGUGCGCCAGCCUGAGAGCGGGCGGAUCCUGCCCUACAUGGCGCCGUGCGUGCCGUUUGUCCCCGCAGUGGCCAUCUUGGUAAACUCCUACCUGAUGCUGAAACUGUCGCCGCUCACCUGGGCACGCUUCGCUGUCUGGUGCACUCUGGGUAUACUGAUCUACGGUUGCUAUGGGAUAUGGAACAGCUCUUUGGAGAUCAGCACCAGAGAGGAACAGGCUCACGCCAGCACCUACCAGCGCUAUGAUGACCACCUUGAUGACACCUUCUCCCCCGACAAUGACCUUGACCCCCAGGACAACCAGGAAGAGGGGCGCUACCAGGGCUGGUCAGCGGAGAAGGGCUACCACUACCAACAGCAAAACCAGGAUCAGAACCAGGAUCAGGAGGGUGACCAGUACCAAAACCAGGAUCAAGAUGGCAAUCAAGAUGGCAACCAGUACCAGGAUGGCUCCCAGUACCAGAACCAGUCAGGUUAUCAGUCCGGCCCUCAGGGCUCCUCUAUGGGAUCCAGGGGAAGAACCAAUCAGGGCUACACAGAUCCACAGGAACCCGAGGGCUCCUCUUGUGAUUGACAGCUGCAGUGGAACACACCUACUUCCUGUUUCACUGGGCACUAGAGGAGUGGAAGGGCAGAGGGCUCCUGAAUCCCUCAUCAAGCCCCACACCGUAGGCACUUGAGUAGACCUGAGAGGACAGGAGAAGUGAGCUAUAUGGCAACCAUUCCACCUGGUCUAACACUGCAUUAUAAACAUACAUACAACAUGCUGUGUUUAAAAUCAAUCUAUCUAUCCGAGAGUGAAUCAAUUAUACAGGAGCAAACAUGCUCUUAUACUACCUAUUAGUCUGACUCCUCUGGUGUGACAUUGUACAUGGAUGAGUUGGUUGGAAAAUAUUUAAGAUUAUUUGGUUUUAAGAGUGUGAUCAUUCAAAAAAGAAAGUAUUUAUUGUUGAAUCAGAGUGUGUAAAUGUGUGCAGAAAGAGUGAUCUGUGUUUUGCUGUUGUCUAAUAAACUGUCAAUAAAACAAAUACA